CCAGGGGGGGAAGAAUUUCAUAUGGAACAACUCUGCAGGGCUUCUAGCUAUGGUGAGCCAGAUGGGCCGCCCAAAACCUGGGGCUCAUAUCCUCCAUCUUCCCGUUCUCAUCUGAAUCAUCUUUAUCUCUGGGGCCUUUAUAGUCUCAACUGCUAAACGACCCCACAGCUUUCGGAGUCGGAACACAAAGGGGAAUUCUUGUCGUUUACGACAUCCGCCACGCUGUCUGGGAAAACGGUGCGUUUCACUGCUUUUGCCCAACAAAGGAAAAAAAAACCCCAAAGCUCUCUCUCUCUCUCUCUCUCUCUGUGUAAGAGUGUAAGCCGCCAUUGUUGUACUGUUGGGAAGCAUGGUUUUGUCGAACAAGAAGCUGAAGCAGAAGCUAAGAGCGGAAGUGGCCGAGUCGUUAGAGAAAUCCGUGGCGGGAGAAGACCCGAGUAACGAUGGACGGAUAGAAUCAGACCCGAAUGCACAGCCCCAAGUGUCGCUGAAGCUGCUUUUGGACUCGGCGAGCCAGAGACCCAGAUUGUCAAAGCGAGAGAAACGCAGAAAGGCCCCGCCUUUUCAGGGCUUGAAGGACUCUGAAGAGAAUAAGGGAGGUGGGUCAGAGGGUUUGGGUGACGAGGAGAAGAAGAAGAAGAGGAGUAAGAGGAAGAGAGAGGAGGAGGAAAAGGAUGGAGACUUGGGUUCAGAGGGAAAUGGGGUUGUGAAGGAGGCCGAGAAAUCGAAGAAGAAAAAAAAGAAAAAAAAGAAUAAGAAGAAUAAGGGUAAGACUGAGGAGGAGGAGGAGUGCAAAGGUGGUGAGCAUGGAAGUGAAGGGCAAGUGGUCGCAGAGACAAAUAGGAACGGUGACAGUCAAGCAUACGAGGAUGUCAGUGCAAAAGUCUAUGUCGGAGGGAUUCCAUUUUACUCGACUGAGGAUGAUAUUCGAAGUUACUUUGAAGGCUGUGGCACAAUAACUGAAGUUGAUUGCAUGACAUUCCCUGAAAGUGGGAAGUUCAGAGGAAUUGCCAUUAUUAGUUUCAAGACUGAAGCUGCAGCUAAACGAGCCUUGGCCCUCGACGGAGCUGACAUGGGUGGACUGUAUCUAAAAACCCAACCAUACAAGGCAACUAGAUCCAAUAAAGCACCUGAAUUUGCCCCAAAAAUAGUGGAGGGCUACAAUAGAAUCUAUGUUGGAAAUUUGUCAUGGGAUAUAACUGAGGAUGACCUGAGGAAACUUUUCUCAGACUGCAAAAUAUCAUCUAUACGUUUUGGUAUGGACAAGGAAACAGAGGAAUUCCGUGGCUAUGCCCAUGUGGAUUUCUCUGACAGUCUAUCACUGACAAUGGCAUUAAAGUUGGAUCAGCAGAUUGUGUGCGGGAGACCUGUAAAGAUAAGUUGUGCAGUUCCUAAUAAAGGAGUGGGAACCCAUUCAAGAUCUGCUCCUACAAUUCAAGUAGCUGAGAAUGCAGCUGAGAAUGUAUCUGAGAAUACUGAGAGUGCUACUGGAUCUAUUGCCAUCAGUGGUAAGAUAAGGAGGAGGACAUGCUAUGAGUGUGGUGAAAAGGGCCAUCUAUCAUCAGCUUGUCCGAAGAAGCAAAAUGCUGAUCCAAUAAAUUCUGGUGCAAGUUAAGCAUGUAUGAAGAGUUCCCAUCAUUCUUUGUUUCCUAUUAAUAUUCAUUGGUAGGUAAAAGAGGUUUUUCUUUUUAGGAAGAACUUUUGUUUAAUUUUGCUGGAGCCGCCUGAAAAGUCCCCAGUUGUUGCUAUUACAGUUAGAUAUUCCCAAAUUUUGUUCAACCUGACUUUGCUGGGAAGAGUUAAAAGGAGUAGUUUCUCCGUUUGUUAAUGCUUUUUAGAGGUUACUUUUUAUUUUUUGUUUCAAAAGUGUUUUGACUUGAGAUAAAGAUGAAAAUAGUUUUUUGUGUUUUA